AGAAUGCUGCGCUUGUCGGAGAGUGAUGAGAGGAAUGUGAAAGAGUUCAAAAGGGUUGCUUCAGAAGUAGGUGAAGGGUGUGAUUUUGUGAAGGAUUUCAGUGGAAGAGUGUUUAGGUCUCCUACUUUGUUUAAAGAUAUGGUCAAGUGCACGCUCCUUUGCAAUUGCCAGUGGCCGAGGACUUUGAGCAUGGCUAGGGUACUUUGUGAGCUUCAGUUUGAGUUGCAGCAUUGUUCAUUCAGUAGCUCGGUUGCUGAAGUUAAGCAGGAGGAUUACAUUCCGAAGACACCAGCAGGAAAAGAUUUGAAGAGGAGGAGGAAAUUGUCGAAAGUGAUUUGUGUUUAGUGUCUGAUCUUUAGUCUAAAGGGAAAGAAACAUAUGCUAGUGAUAGGAUUGGUAAUUUUCCGAGUCCAGGAGAACUAGCAAAUAUGGAUGAAAGUUUUCUGGCAAAGCGCUGCAAUCUUGCCUACAGAGCAGGUCGUAUAAUAAAACUUGCCCCGGCUAUUGUUGAAGGCAGGAUUCAGUUAGAACAACUUGAAGAAAUUUGCAGUGAAGCAAGUUUAGCCAGCUAUGAUAAGCUGACUGAACAGUUGAGCAAGAUUGAUGGAUUUGGUCCAUUUACAUGUG